AGAUAAGUUUCUUGGUGCGCAUCGAGCCAUGAACCGAAAGUCUGGUGUUUGCAUGCGAAAUACUCUUGGCAUCCAGUCCGGGUUUAUCUAUCAUAGAACUCGCUUGUCCGUUUGUUUGAAAGUGAAAAGUUACGUAAUUGGAACACGGAUACUUAGUCUUGACCAGUAUUUUAUGCUUUUACAAAAGACAUAAUAACACCAUUAAUUAAGGUAACCUCGGCAACAACAAUAAAUAUCUAACGAUGCAACAAUGACACUCCAUGAGGAAUGGAUUUCAGCAAAGAAAAAACAUUAUUAUGGCUUUUGUUAUUGAUAUUCCCUUCAGUUUCGAAACAACAAACAACAUGUCCGUCACCGGAGUCAAUUUUACCUUGCAUUUGUACACAUCGGCAGGAAGAUGCACAAAUAUGGUGCACACACAGCGACUUAAUGCAAGUGGUAAAAGGAAUUCAAAAAAUAGGAGAAUUUAUUAGAAAACCUAUAGAUGAAAUUAUAAUUGAAAAUAAUUAUUUGCCAUCACUACCAGGAAAACUAUUUCAAAAUGUAAAAAUAUUAAGACUAAUGCUCCGACAUAAUGGCUUAGAACGCGUAUCUGCAGCGUGGUUGGAAUCUCAAGAAAAGAACCUUUUGGAAAUAUUUAUAGUCGAAAACGAUCUUAAAAGCAUUCCUUCAGAAAGCUUAAUGAAGUUACAAAAUUUACAAGCUCUUACAAUACAGUCGCAAAAUUUGAAGAGAAUACCCCCUUUAAUGAAUAUGCCUAAACUACGAUACAUACACAUCCAAUCGGAAAGUCUCAAUAGUAUACAAGAACAUACUUUUCAAAAUUUACCUAACCUUGAGAAGUUAUUUAUACGCGGAAGUUUAACACUACAGACGUUAAAAGAAAACGCUUUCUUUAAUUUGCCUAAACUUAAAAAGUUAGAUAUUACAAAUUGCGGUAUUAACAUUAUCCACAUGAGAGCAUUCUCUUUACUUCCAGAAUUAAAUGAAUUAUCUUUAAGUCACAACAGAAUCUCAGAUGCAAGUAUGGUUGGGAGGGCAACGAGAGAUCUAGCUAUGCUUUCUAUACUAAACUUGAAUCAUAACAUUAUAAGCAAACUGAACGAAGGAGCAUUCGUUGAUCAACCCAGGUUGGAGACUCUAUUUUUAUCAAACAAUAAUAUAGAGAUAAUUCACCAUGGAGCUUUUCACAGAGUACCCAAAUUAAGGGUGGUAAAUUUAAAUUACAAUGAAAUAAUUAGAAUUCAUCCUGAAUCAUUUUUGCAACAAUCUGGCAGUGGCGUUGAAGAAUUAUCACUAAUUGGAAACAAAAUUAUGCACAUAUCGGAGUUUCGGGCGCUACUUGAUGCUUUGCCUCGAUUAAGGUAUUUGGAUAUGAGUGACAAUAUGUUACGAGAAAUUCCGAGAGGAGCCCUUCGGGGACAUCCUAGUUUAGAAAGACUUCAUUUGAACAAAAAUAAUAUAAAAUUUAUAGAUGCUGACGCAUUUGUUGCAAUGCCUGCUUUGAGAGAACUACAUUUAAGAAAUAAUUCGCUAAGCGAUAUGAAUGAGGGCCCAUUUUGGAAUUUACCUGCCUUAAAAGGAUUAGAUUUAUCGAAAAAUUAUUUUCGACGAUUGCAGCCGAAACUAUUAUAUAAUCUCCCUGCAUUAAGAAGAAUUGAUAUGAGUAAUAAUGAACUAACAGUAAUAGACCCAAUAAGUUUUAUGGAAACUCCUUUGUUAGAACAUAUUAAUAUAUCAGGAAAUGCUUUAAUGUCUGUCCACCCAGCUACAUUCAGAAAUUUACCAAGUUUAUACGAAUUAGAUGCCAGUUCAAAUAGAUUAGUAGAAUUUGUUCCUGGAUUACCAAGAGGAUUAGAACAGCUGUACUUACAGAGAAAUCAAAUCACAAAUUUACCAACGCCACCUUCUCCAGAUAUAGAUUUACCAUCUCUAAGAUCUCUUGAUAUUUCUAGCAAUGGUAUUCAAAAGCUGCCAUACUCUGGCAUGAAGACUCUACACAAUUUACGACGACUGUACAUGAAACGAAAUGGCCUCAGACAAAUAGAAACAACAACAUUUGGUGAUUUAGAAUAUUUAGAAAUACUUGAUGUUAGUGAUAACCAAAUUAUAAACGUACACCCAAAAAGUUUCAGCAAACUGAGAAAUCUUAAGGAAGUAAAUCUACGUGGUAAUAAUAUUGAAAGCUUCGAAUUCAUCGCUAUUGAGAAUAAUGGUGUAUUGUCUGCUAUUGACUUUAGCAAAAACAAACUUAAAUCUAUCAAUCCAAAUUUAGUGAAUAGAGGUUUACAUGUGGAACUAUUAAAUAUAUCAUCAAAUAAUCUGCACGAACUGCCAAGUACAUUGAAUAUGUUGACUAAAUUAAAAGUUUUAGAUGCGAGUCACAAUUAUGUAAAGCAUUUCGAUGGUAAUGUCAUUAAUAACGUGCAGACAUUAGCUGAAAUAAAAAUGCAUAGUAAUAAAAUUAUAGAGCUUCGUACUGGAAGUUUCAAAGAUUUAAAAAAUUUAGAGACAAUUGAUUUAGAAAAUAACCAAAUUGAAAUUAUUCAACCAAUGGCCGUAUCAAGCCUCCCCAAGUUGAUGUCUAUAUAUUUAAGUAGAAAUCAUAUAAUUGAUAUACCAGAUCGAACAUUCAUAAACCUUCCGAAGCUAAGAAUAAUUGAAAUGCAAGGCAAUAGAAUACAGUUUAUAGCAAUGCAUGCAUUUCAAAAUAUACCAUUGGUACAAUACCUGAACCUUAGUAAUAAUCAGCUUACUAAUUUAGAAAAUUUAGGAAUAAAACAACUUAUAUCUUUGGAAGUACUAGAUUUAAGUUUUAAUAAAGUCACCAAAAUUACCAAAGAAUCGUUUCAGUAUAUGGAGUGGCUUGUAGAAUUAAAUUUAGAUAACAAUCUCAUAUGUCACAUAAGUAGUCAGCCAUUUGACUAUAUGCCAAGAUUGAAGGUCUUAUCUUUGCGUCAUAACAAGUUAAUAUCUGUUCAUGAAAGUAAUUUUGCAAAGUUGAGAAAUAAUAUAGCCAUCCUAGAUAUUGAUGAUAACCCGCUUAUUUGUAACUGUGCAAUUAUGUGGCUAAAAGCAUGGUUAUCAGAAUCUUCGUCUCUUGGACCAAAAUGUGAAGAUGGAACUUAUGUGAAAGGUAUGCCAUUUUCUAAAACUGACUGCAUCAAUAUGCCAAUGAAUGUAGCAGACAUGAAGUCAUGUGUAACAUUUGAGAACGAAGCCUUGUUACCAAACUUAGCAACAUCACAGGUAUUUUCAUCAUUGGAUAAAAUCAAAGAUUAUGAGACUCAAAUGAAAAAUAAUUAUCAUGGCAACAAAUUAAAUAAUCGACCAUUACCAGAAGAAUCAGAUUACUUUUAUGAUGAAUAUAUUGACUAUCCCUAUAAUGAAACAAUUUUAGAAAAUAUGAAAGGUGAACAAAAUCAGACAGAUAAAUCUAAUAAUCGUUUUGGUAAUAUGUCAAAGGUUCAUGCUCCCUUAAAGAAUACAACAAAUACAAAAACUGGCAUUGCUUUAAAAGUACCUGUACCAAGCAGUGGUUUUACUUUCUUUGGAGUACCAUUACCUUCACUUGACAUGGGGAAACUAUUAAAUACUGGUCGUAAAAUAGAUUGGUCUGAUAACAGGAACAGUGACCAGCACAUUAAAAAGUAUCAAGUCACAGAGUCUCCAAGAUUUGAAACUGGUGGAUUUUCACCAAUGUUACCAACAACAUCAAAUGGUUUUAUGCCUAUAGUAAAUCCAACAAUAUCUCAGUCAAUAGUCGGAAAUGAAGUUUCGACAAAUAAAGGUAAUACUGAAAAAGUUGAUCAAAAUAUCGCAGCUGUAGAAAAUAAGCCACCAAAAAGGACUGUACAGAAUAAUAUGAGUCAUAAGAAAACGAAAAGUGAAAUACAUGAACUUGAAGCAUAUCAUGGUGAUGAUAACACUACACGCAUUGCAUACAAUAGAACUAAAAAUAUAGAAGAACAAAAUACAGAUCCAAUAAACAUAAGAAAAUAUAAUCUAAUGGAAUCUAACAUGACAAUAACUCAAGCAACAGAGAAAGAAGGUAUCAUAACAACAGAUACAAGUAAUGACAUGUAUCUUCAGGGAUGGCUGGAAACUACCACUGUUCUACCAUCACUACCUACAGUGUCACACAAUAUGCCAAUAAAAAAACACAUCCAUAAUCAAAGUCAGCCUACUGCACUUUCUGCUGUCCUCAUACCAACCAUUGAAGAUUUAGCUAAAAACCACAGCAGGUCUGCAACAAUCACAAAAGUUAAUAUGCCACAUGCAGAGCAUUAUGAUCUUCAUAACAAUUAUGCACCUGUAAUAAAUAGAGAAGCAAAAACUAGAUUUUCUGAGGCAAUUGAUACAGGAAGUACAAAUACCAAUACAAAAAGAAUAGAUGAUCAUGAAUGGUAUUUUAAAAACUAUAACAAAACUAAUUUAGAUCCAUAUGUUGCACCUGGUAUACAAGCUUCUAUAGGUUGUAAAACUAACUCACAUUCUAAUACUCUUAUAUCUAUAGGAAUGUUAUAUUUAAUAUUAACCAUAAAUUAAAUAGGACUUAAUAUAAAAUAAAAGUUAAUCACUU